GACAACUGUCGAGCUGUCUGCCUUCUGGGAUCGACAACGGGCGCCAAACGUGGCAGUCCGUAGGAUGGGAACAGGUGACCGUCUACUUGACAUCCCUUGCAAUGUCUGCGGGGAUAGGAGCUCUGGCAAGCACUACGGUAUCUACAGCUGCGACGGUUGUUCUGGAUUCUUCAAGCGGUCCAUCCACCGCAAUCGGGUGUAUACUUGCAAGGCUGGGGGUGAGAUGAAGGGCCGCUGCCCCGUCGACAAGACACAUAGGAACCAGUGCCGCGCCUGUCGCCUCGCCAAGUGUUUCCAAGCUAAUAUGAACAAAGAUGCGGUGCAGCAUGAACGAGGUCCUCGUAAGCCGAAGUUGCAGGCUGGCGCUAUGGGCGCGCUGGGUCCACCAUCGAUGAACCACGCACACAAGCCGCACGCUCUCAAGCUGUCACCACCUUCACCAUAUACUCCAUUGCCGCAAACUUUCAAUUUUCAAUUCAAUAUCAGUGGUAUGAGCGAGCCAGCCCCUUUGAGCACGGCUUCCUCGGCGGGGUCUAGUGGCGCCGGCGGGGGCGCGGGGGCUCCGAGCCCCCUACCACUCGUCCCAGAGCCGUUCCUAGCUCCACCACCUCCAGGCUUACUACAUAUCCUCAUGUCCUCCGAUAAAUGCCAGGAAUUGAUGUGGAGCGCAAAACAGCUACAAUUACAGGGCGAUCCAACUUUGCUUCGACCGCCACCAAGUGCUUUUGGUGCACCCCUUGCGCCUACAUGGGAACUAUUGCAGGAAACAAGUGCCCGUCUUCUCUUCAUGGCGGUGCGUUGGGUGAGGUGCUUAGCACCUUUCCAAGCUCUAGCAGCUUCAGACCAGCUGGUCCUCCUACGAGCUGCUUGGAAGGACCUGUUUCUGCUGCACCUGGCACAGUGGUCAGCUCCAUGGGACCUAGCACCAUUGCUAGCAGCACCAGCAGCACGAGCUCGAUUGCCACCAGAUCCAUUGGCUGACUUGGAACUGAAUACUUUACAGGAGAUUUUGUGUCGGUUUCGUCAAAUAGCUCCCGAUGGCAGCGAGUGUGGGUGUAUGAAGGCUAUUGUUCUUUUCUCACCAGACACACCGGGACUAAUCGAGACUCAGCCUGUGGAGAUGUUGCAAGACCAGGCUCAGUGCAUACUGGCUGAUUAUGUGCGGACCCGAUAUACCAGACAACCAACAAGAUUCGGCCGUCUCCUCCUCUUACUACCAUCUCUCCGAGCAGUGCGCGCGCGCUCCAUAGAGCUGCUAUUGUUCCGGGACACGGUGGGCGACGUCUCGGUGGCGACACUACUGCACGACAUGUACCGCAUGCAGCCUGCGCCCGCGCCUGCCUUCCAUCCACCCCCGCCACCUACUAGUGAACAUUGUUCCUCGCCAUAAUAAUUUAUUACAUAACCUAAUAAUAUUUAAUAGUGUUGCUGGGUACUCAAAACUGACUACUCGGGGACCGGAGCGUGAGAAAUGUACCUUGCUUUCCUAACCUUCAAUUUUCUUUGGAUAGUGUUCUGUAUUAUUACUGUCUUGAAAUUUUGAUA